AUGUCUCUAAACGAGCGCUUUACUAAUAUGCUGAAGAACAAACAGCCGAUGCCAGUGAAUAUUCGGGCUUCGAUGCAGCAGCAGCAGCAGCUAGCCAGUGCCAGAAAUAGAAGACUGGCCCAGCAGAUGGAGAAUAUACCCUCUGUCCAGGCAGCAUUAAAACUUAAGCAGAGCUUAAAGCAGCGCCUGGGUAAGAGUAACAUCCAGGCACGUUUAGGCCGACCCAUAGGUGCCCUGACCAGGGGAACAAUUGGAGGAAGAGGCCUACCCAUAAUCCAAAGAGGCUUGCCCCGAGGAGGAGGACUACGUGGGGGACAUGCUACCAGAACUCUGCUUAGGGGCGGGAUGUCUCUCCGAGGUCAAAACCUGCUCCAAGGUGGACUAGCCGUAGCUUCCCGAAUGGGCUUAAGAAGAGGUGGUGUUCGAGGUCGUGGAGGUCCUGGGAGAGGGGGCCUAGGGCGUGGAGCUAUGGGUCGUGGCGGAAUCGGUGAUAGAGGUCGGGGUAUGAUAGGUCGGGGAAGAGGGGGCUUUGGAGGCCGAGGCCGUGGCCGUGGCAGAGGGAGAGGUGCCCUCAUUCGCCCUGUAUUGACCAAGGAGCAGCUGGACAACCAACUGGAUGGGUACAUGUCGAAAACUAAAGGACACCUGGAUGCCGAGUUGGAUGCCUACAUGGCACAGACAGAUCCUGAAACCAAUGAUUGAAGCCUGCCUGCCUACCCACUGUUAGACUCUUGUUAAAGUCACCACAUCUAU